GUUUGAUUUCAUUUGACAUUUCUUCAAGUACUGUCUUGUAUAUUAUCGAAAUUCUUAAUAUACAUAAAUUUUAUGAAAUGUUGAUACAACUCAUAGCAAUCUAACAGCUAUUGUAUUGAUAAUAAUAUUAUUGAUUACUUAAAUUUGUUGUUCUGGCUGAAUAAAGAACAAAACACUAAAUGAAAAUCACAAAACACAACUGAUAAUGGAGGUCUCCAACAACACCGACGCCGUCAACCUUGGCGUUGGUGAAGUAGAAGCAGAAAUUGGCGAAGAAUUGAAACAAUUGGAGGAAGGAAAAGAUUUUGACACCCGAAGCGAAGUCUCCAGUUCGUCUUCUAGUGACUCCAGUACACCGAGUAUUAGUUCCGUGAGCACAAAAUCUAAAGAGAAACGCCUAAACCGUAAGCGGACUAAGUCUAAAAGCCAUUCCCCUGUACAAAAUAAACGAAGAUGUCAAACGGGCGCUAAUAAUAAAAUAAAAACGUAUGAUUACAUGACGAAACUGAAUUAUUUGUUCAGAGAUACACGGUUUUUUUUAAUUAAGUCAAAUAAUGCCGAAAACAUUACACUGUCAAAAGCAAAAGGUGUAUGGUCUACUUUACCACAGAAUGAAGCAAAUUUGAACCAAGCAUAUAGGGAGUCAAGGAAUGUUUUAUUAAUAUUCUCAGUUAAAGAGAGUGGCAAGUUUGCUGGUUUUGCUCGCUUAGGAAGUGAGUCACGUCGUGAUGUUCCGCCAAUAUCGUGGGUGUUACCACCUGGUCUAUCUGCUAAAGUGUUAGACGGAGUGUUUAAGGUUGACUGGAUAUGUCGUAAAGAGUUGCCUUUUAGUAGUACUCUCCACUUAUACAAUCCAUGGAAUGAAGGUAAACCAGUAAAGAUUGGUAGAGAUGGACAAGAGAUAGAGCCUAAAGUUGCAGAAGAAUUAUGUAGAUUGUUUCCAGAAGAUGAUGGCAUUGAAAUGACGCCCAUUUUGAGAAAAUCAAAGGAGGCCUCUAAGAAAGGUUAUUUAAAAAGUGGUGGGAGCUAUAGAACAUACAGGGCUCCUUUAUCUACUAGAGGUGCAAGUUACAGAAACCGUUUAAAUACAUCCUUAAGAAGUAGACGAAAGACUUUUAUGUCACCAAGGAGUAGGUUGGGGACCAAUACAUAUAAGAGAAGGUCACCAUCGCCAUAUAUGCGUGACCGUUUACCUGCAUGGUUUGGCCGUAAUCGAGAUGCAUACAAUGCUGGUGGAGCGUCAGCAGCUGAGGCAUAUGUUGCAGAAUACAUGAGGUCUAUGCAUCAUCAGUUGCCUCCACUCCCUUAUGUGCCACCACCUGGCUUUAGUGGAGCAUUGUCAUCAUAUGACAAUCAUCCUCCUCCUCUACCACCACCUCCACCACGUUAUUAUGAUAUUGCUGACUAUGCUCGUUCAGUGCUUGUUUAUGAUAAAAGGUCUUAUGAAAGAUCAGUUGAUGAAUUUUUAUGGCGUACUUCAGACAGAUCUCGAGGGCGCAGUCGAGAUCGCGAUACCCACAGAUCUUAUCGUGAUCGUCGAUAAAACUAUAUUGACCACCGAUGUAUCAUUUCAAUUAAUAUUUGCUAAUAAAAAAUUGUGUUUGAACUUUGAACUUUAUUGAAUCAAGUCUUUUAGUGUUGUGAUGAACCAUGUUUGGACAAUAUUUAUAUGUUUGAAUAUACAAUAUUAUAAAAUGCCAUGUAUGCAUUUUAGUGACGCUAUAAAGGCAUGUUACUUUUCAGGAUGCUAUGGAUUUACACAUCCCCUACUUAUAAAUCAUAUUGUUUGAUAAUCAAUGAUUUGACUCCCUUAAUCCAUAUAUAAAUUCAUAGACAUUGAUUAACAAACAAGCAGACUUCAGUCUAUAAGUAAGGGGAUGACACUUGAAAUGUCAUAGUGACCUCUUUAUCAUCUUCAUUUACUAAGUAUCAAUUAGUAUAAUUUGCAUUGGCUUAUAACCAAAUACAUCGACCUAUUGAGUUUCUUGUCAUGUAUGUACUGUGAUCAUGUGUGACACUGAAGACUGAUAAAAUUGUUUAGAAGUGGCAAGUAUACAGAAAACUUUUCAUUGGUUGUAAUGUCUGUGAUAUUUUUCCGUCUAUUUUGUAUAUGAAAUUAUACAUUUUUAACUGAUUAUUAAAAUUGUAAUGAAACCAAAGAAAUUAAUCUCAAAUACUGGAUUUUUAAGGAAAAGUACUGUUAUUUUUUUGGUAUAUCUUUAUUAAAAAAAAUUAUAUAUUCUUUCCAUCUUUCUGCAUUACAAUUUAAAGAAGUACCAGAAGAGAUUGAUGGUACUGGGAUGUAUUAGUGCAGGUAUUAGCAUAAAUCAUAAUAGCUCAGGUGGUACCCAAUUUAUGUAAUAAUUGUGAAUACCAUUAAUUAGUAAAUAAAAUAAGAUAUGUACUUACAUGAGGUAUUUAUCAAAAAAGGUGAUGAUUGGUAUCAAUAUUAUUUACAAGCUUCACACAUUAUUAAAUAUGAUUUGUAAUAGGUAUUGCUUCAAUCUGCACUUACUAUUAUUUGGAUGUUGAGUAUUUAAUACCACAAUAUCUUCGCGUUCUGAACUAUUAGCAUUAAAAAUACCGUAAAUUUCACGAGAAUGCGAAAUGUAAGUACAAAUUAUUUCAUAUCACUGAACUCAGCAAUGGAUACAAGUAUCACUGUAAAAUUUUACAGAACAAUACACAUAUAAUUGUGAAUAUAGCAUUAAAAUAAUAUAUGUCACUCUGGAAUAAUGUUCCUUUCAAAUACUUAAAAAUAGUCUUCAAUCAGUCAAGUAGUUUUUGA